AUGGUCAUGGAAGCUCUCUCAGGUAUUAUCAAGAAAGCGUGUUCUAUUGGUACGUUUCUGGGGGUUGGGCUCCCAAAGGAGGGUCCGGUUCUUUCUCAUUUAUUAUAUGCAGAUGACGCUAUGGUGAUGGGGGAGUGGUCGGAAAGCAAUUUUACGUGUCUGAGACGGAUGCUUCGUAUUUUUCAUAUGUGCUCAAGUCUCAGAAUUAAUAUCCAUAAAUCAACGUUAUAUGGUGUGGGUGUUGACAGGGAGGCGGUGGAUGGUAUGGCUAGCGGGUUGGGUUGUCGUUCGGGUGAUACCCCAUUUAAUUAUUUGGGGAUUCAGGUAGGCGCUAACAUGACGAGGAUUAAUAACUGGGACCCGGUGGUUAAGGUAUUCAAAACUAGGCUUUCAAGAUGGAAAUCCAAAACUCUUUCGAUUGGAGGUAGGUUGACCCUCAUUAAAUCCGUCUUACAAAGCCUUCCAUCGUAUUAUUUUUCUCUUUUUAAGGCUCUGGUGGGAGUUGUGAAUGUUUUGGAAGGAUUGAUUAGAAGGUUUUUGUGGGGAGGUAGUGAGGAUGUGAAAAAAGUGCAUUGA